UCCAUGGAGGACAGCUCGUUGUCGGAGUCUGAGGUGGAAAACAAAGGGGCGAGCUGUAGAAAUGAGCUGGUCGGAAUGCCCAUAGCGUCGUCUGCUGGAUUUUUACCCAGUUCAGAGGACCGCCACGACGGCACCAGCAAUGGGACAGCCAGGCUACCUCAGCUGGGCGGCGUGGGCCAGAGUCCCUACACGAGCGCCCCUCCGCUCUCCCACACACCGAACUCGGACUUCCAGCCCCCGUACUUCCCCCCGCCCUAUCAGCCCAUCUAUCCGCAGUCUCAGGACCCUUACUCGCACGUCAACGACCCGUACUCCCUCAACUCCCUGCACGCCCAACAGCAGCCGCAGCACCCGGGCUGGCCGGGCCAGAGACAGGGUCAGGACAGCGGCCUGCUGCACCAGCACCGCAGCCUGCCCCACCAGCUGUGCCGGGAGUACCGCAGGGAGGUGCUCCUACCGUCCGGCCACGGCCUUGACACGGGACUGUCGGACUCUAUCCCUAUCCAUGGAAUACCUCACUCUUUAGAAGAUGUUCAGUCUGUUGAGGAUCAAGGAAUUCACGUCCCCGACCAGACUGUAAUUAAAAAAGGCGAAGCGGUACAUCGCAGGGAUUUUGGUUAUGUAUGCGAGACCGAGUUUCCAGCCAAGGCAGUAGCUGAAUAAGUAAACCGUCAGCAUCCGACCCAAACGAACAAGUCCCAAAGAAAAAACAUGCUAUUGGCCACGAAGCAAGUCUGCAAAGAGUUCACAGAUCUUCUGUCCCAGGACCGCUCGCCGCUGGGAAACUCACGGCCGCAGCCCAUUCUUGAACCGGGAAUCCAGAGCUGUUUGACCCACUUCAGUCUAAUCUCGCACGGUUUCGGGACCCCGGCACUGUGCGCAGCAGUCACGGCCCUGCAGAACUAUCUGACCGAGGCUAUCAAAGCCAUGGACAAAAUGUACCUCAACAACAACCCCAACAGUCACUCAGAUAACGGCACUAAAGGCGGAGACAAAGACGAGAAGCACAGAAAGUGA